CUAGGGAAGUUUUAUUUUUGUAUGGUGGAAGCACAGACUUAGCAGAAGAACGAAGCAAAGAAGGAGCAAAUUUUGUGCAUGUGUGCAAGUCAGUGCGAGUUUACGUAAACUGGUAAAAAUGUCGGCGAUCAACGCAAUUUAUAAUGCAAUCUUUAAACGAACAUCUACGUUCGCACUCACCAUAGUAGUUGCCAGUUUCGUUUUCGAACGAACAGUGGACGUUGUAACAGAUUCAAUUUUCGAAAACGCGAACAAAGGGAAACUGUGGAAGGACAUCAAAGACAAAUAUGAGAAGUAAUCAAAAUUCCAAAGGGGAUUGAAGUUUAGUCUUACUUCUGAAUCACUAUUAUAAUCAAUGUAAAUAAACUGACAUAUAAGUA